CGUGCGUGGUUUGGUUUGUGCGAAAAAGAGGGUCCUGGGAUCGAGUGCAGAUCCUGUGGUGCAUUUGUUGGCUCUGUGCCGCCAAAUAGCGCCGUGAGAGGAGUCCGCCAACGAAAGAUAAAUUUUUCUCGCUUCCUGUGCGAACAUGCAUGUGUGUGUCUAAUCGUGUUUCGAUCGUCUUAUUGCGCUUGUCCCGUGGUCAACCGCCCGCUCGCAAGUGUGAGUGAGACCCGCACAGUACACGCAGCAGCGCCGCGGACGAGUUGUGACGAAAGUGACGCGCGGUCAAUUUUAACAACACACGGCAAGCCGUCGAAUUUGUAUUGUGUUUUGCGCCCAAUCGAAGCGUUGUGUUGGCCGAAAGGGGAAAAAAACUAAAAGCUGAGAAUUGUUUUCGCGCAACCGCCGCCAUCAUCAUUCGCCUCCUCCUGUUCGGCUUGGCGUCGGCUUAUCGGACACCCUAGUUAAUUGCGUGCGCGUUUGUGUGCGUGUCAUUGUGCGAGAGCGUGUGACGUAGCGCCAGUAGCGACAUAGGAGCGGAUCGCGACGGACGGAGUGUGAAGCCUUUCUCAUCUUGUGUGCACAAAACAGGCGCGACAAUUGCAGUACACAACCGCGGCCAAAAGUCAACAGUGGCCUGAACGUAGAAUCUUCCUGAAACCAAAGCAACUUCGGAGCCAUAGUGCGAGCGAGUGGAGCCAGCAAGAAGAACAAGGAGGAAAACAAACAAACAUGUCCGACAGCAAGGGUUACGCCGUGAACGAUCUCGUUUGGGCCAAAAUGAAGGGCUUCUCACCGUGGCCCGGCCGGAUCGCCGUUCCACCGGCGGAGUUGCGACGCAUCGCGGUAAAAAAAAGCAAUCCCGUGCAAUGUAUCUUUUUCUUCGGUUCCAACAACUAUGCGUGGAUCGAGGAAACACAGAUCAAACCGUACGUUGAGUUCAAGGACAAAUUGCUAAACUUGUGCAAAACGGCCCAGUUCAAGGAUGCCGUGAGGCAGAUUGAAGAUUUUAUGGUUAAUCCGGAGAAAUACCAAUCACUGUUUACGGGUGAAAAUGAAGCGGCCAACCGACCCGAUCCGGACGCGGAGUUCAACAAGCUCCGCGAAGGCGGUUCGGCCAGCGGUACGGAAGAAAGUGGUGAAGCCGAACAUUCACCGUCGGUAAACAAUACCACGACACCGGCGGCCCUCGAGUCGGUCGAGGAGCUCGGCAGCACGCCACUGUCCGUUAAGAAGACGUCCGCGAAGAAGAAAGUACGUGCCUCGCUGCCUAUCAAGCUGAAUGUCGACAAAGUUGUGACGUCUCCAGCAAAGAUGCGUGCGCCCGGUGGCAAAGCUAAGGCGGCCACUACCCUGCUGCUGGACGAUGAAACGAGUCCGUCGGCGACACCGAAGCGCAAGAAAAAGUUAGGAAACGACAGUGCGACCGAUUUGGCAUCGCUCGUUAUCGAUAGCUACUCGAGCUCCAUUCGGCGCAAUGCUCCGAUUGCGCACCUUCUCAAUCGCCCGACCGUGGCCCGACCGGCCACGCCAGAGAUCGACAUGUCGAGUGUUUCGGACGCGGUUCAGUCGCGCAACAUCAAGGCGUCAGAUCUAAAGUUUGGCUUCCUCGGGCUCGGCAUUAUGGGCUGCGGGAUCGUGAAGAAUCUGAUCAAAUCGGGCCACUCGGUCGUGGUGUGGAACCGGACCGCCAGCAAGUGCCGCAAGUUCGCCGAUGUCGGUGCCGUGAUCGCGGACACCCCAUCCGAUGUCGUCGAAAUGACGGACGUUACGUACUCGUGCGUAUCGGACCCGCAGGUUGCAAAGGACCUUGUCUUUGGCAACUGUGGCGUCAUGUCGGCCACACUGUCCGGCAAAGGUUACGUUGAAAUGACGGGCGUUGAUCCCGAAACGUCGCAAGACAUUGCCGAGGCCAUCAUCUCCAAGGGAGGUCGCUAUUUGGAGGCUCAACUUCAAGGCUCUAAAAACCAGGCUGAGGAGGGUACCCUCAUCAUUCUGGCCAGCGGCGAUCGGCUGCUGUUCGAAGACUGUCAAAGCUGCUUCGAGGCGAUUUCGCGCAACUCGUUCUUCCUCGGGGACGUGGGCAACGCGACAAAGAUGAAUCUAGUGCUGCAGAUGAUAUCCGGCAUUUCGUUGACGGCGAUCGCCGAAGGACUAGCGCUCGCCGAUCGAGCAGGACUGCAACAAAAGGACGUGCUGGAAGUGAUGGAACUGACGACCAUGUCUUCGGAGAUGUUCCAGGAAAAGGGAAAUGCAAUCAUUAAGGGAGAGUUUCCAACGCACCAAGCACUGAAGCACAUGCAGAAGGACCUGAAGCUGGCCCUCAGUCUGGCGGACGGUCUGGAACAGUCUCUGCCUAUUGCGGCGGCCUCGAACGAGGUCUUCAAGCAUGCCAAGCGCCUUGGGUACGGUUCGCACGACGCCAGCGCUGUUUAUGUUCGGGCGCGGUUUUAACAGCGACCACCGACCACAGCCUACAGUGGCGAAGACGACGACGACGACAAAUAGAUCCCGACAAAGAUGCUCGUAGCGGGCAUCGCAAGCGUCAGAAGCAGCAGAAAAACAGAGAGCAAAGGGAAAGAUAAGGGUUUGUUAGAAAUGAGUUUAUAUUUUAAUUUUUUUACAUUACCUUUGGAAGUGUUUUCGCGCGAAACCAAAUAUUGCAAAAGAGAACGAAGGGCCUACUACCCCCGCGUGGGGUACAAAGAUAGAUUUGGAGAUGAAGGUGGGUUCGUUUGUGUAAAAUGUGUCCCCAUGAAGUACUUUACGGUGCACUGUGCUUUACCUACAUACUAUCGUUCUUCGAUAGCCGGAUUUCACUAUUUCGGCUCUGUCAAUCGUUAUUCCUUCGAUCAAACGACGGAUUCAAGCGAAUCACGAAUCCGAGACGCUGAGAAAGGUACGCCGAAAGGGAGAGAGACAGACGUAGAGAGCUUAUAUUUUCCUAAUACAAAAGAAAACCGUCAUCAUCAUCAUCAUGGUUGAAAGGCGCGCUCGGGCCGGUAGCUGCACUGUGGCUACCGGUAGCGUCCGUCGGAAUAUCUACGCACGCAUAAAUGCAUAUAUAGUGUUACAUAUUUUCUUUACUUUUGAUGAACUAUCACGAUUUAAAAAUAUUUUCUCCUUCUGACCUCCCAAACGAUGUUUGAUUUUUAGAACGAUUAUAGAUCGUAGCAUUUAGCGAAAUUAGUAAUAAAAUUGCGGCACACGCGUGAGAGACGCGUGCAUGUGUGUGAAUACCAUAAAAGUUCAAUUUUCUCCCUUCUCGCGCCUCGCGCAGUGCGAACACCGAAUGUCGAAUUUCGUUCUUAGACCAUGCCGUUGGACACUCGGAGAAUGUGUUGCUCCGGGUUGACCGCUUCGUUUCGUUUCUUAAAUGGCUGUUACGGUGCUAAAGGGACAGUGUAGUGUAAAAGUAUCUGGCGAUGUCAGGUGAUGCGUGUCAGGUGCAAUAACCACCCCAAUGAGUCGGUAUGGUGACACUUUUAGUUUUCACAUUUGCGUGUUAGGUUGGUUUGCAGUAAGGUUGGGAUACGAAAACGAGGCAAUUCCUACAGUUUUUGGUGUAGUUUUUAGUGGUGUAGCUCUGAAAGCAUCAGAUGCUAGCUGGCCGCUGGUUGGCAGUGGUAACGGGACACAGCUCACUGCAAUGGCAAGAGCUGCACUGCGAGUUAGGUUAGAACCACUACCUGAAGCAUAAGUUUCUUUCCUUUUUGUUGGUUAGUUGGAUUUUUGUGGCACGUGUGGAAAUUUAGCCUUUUUUCCCCUGCACAGAAAGUUCUCGGUGUGAACGUGAAUUCGUUUUAGCUCUCGUUGUUAGUUUUACGAACCGUUUCACAUUGCCUCCUCUCAGCUGUUGCGCCGGGUGACGACCCUCCGACGAGUGACGGGAACCAACAAAACAGGGCAGCCACAAACCGUUCGAAGAGGUACGAAUAGACGGAAAAUUCAAAACUGUAGAACGAAAUUCAUAUUAACUUUACAAGGCGCGAACGACGCACGAAACGGGAAGCUCUAGGAAUACGAUUUUUUGGCACACAAUUUAGGCGUACGAAACAAUUAGUUUUGUAAAAUAAAAUUUAGAAAUCGGUUCGUGUCCGCAGGACACCGGAAGUGCGCAAAGGCUACGAUCAGGGCGCACGAGCGAGACACAUCUGUUUAGGGCCCGAUCCUGUGCAGCAAACACAUUUUCUUUUAUUUUGUAAGACAUGCAAAUAACACAAUUAUACAAUUUUCGAUGAAUCGAGAGUGAAUAAAUAAAUGUUGAUUUACGUAUCGGUAGCAGAG